UCUUUUGUCUAAAAACUGUUUUUUUAAGUGAUAAACGACAUGAAACGCGUGUAGAUAUAAAACCUCUCAGAGAUAUGCUUUCCAUCUCCCAUGGUUGGCUGAAAGUUUCUGUAAUAAUGCAGUGGACAAAAGAUGUACCAAAGGAUGUCUAUAUUAUUUGGACCAGUUCAUUUCUACUCGGGGUCACUCUACCAUUCAUUAUAUACUGGUGUUCCAGUAGGAAGCACAGAUAUUGGAGAGAUAGAGGAGUUAAAUAUGCUGAGCCACUUUCAUUCUUUGAAUCAUUUUUCAUGAACUCCCAAAAGGCUAUUCAAGAAGUGCAGUUCGAAAGAUACAAUCAGCUUGGCAGAAUUUAUGGUCUGUUUGACGCUACGUUUGCUGUGGGUCAACCUGCCCUGACUGUUGGCGAUCCUGAACUUUUGAGAGACAUCAUGGUCAAAGACUUUCAUUUCUUUCCCAAUCGAAGGGACUUGGGUUUUCGGGAUGAUUCUGUUUUUAAUCGCAUGCUGAUUUUGUUAAGAGACGAAGAUUGGAAAAGAGUCCGAUCCAUUGUAUCUCCUGCCUUCUCCACUGGAAAAAUCAAAAGGGUUUUGAGUAUUUUUAAGGAAUCUUCCAGGACUUUGCUGCAGAAUCUUAAAAUAGCCGUUCAGAGAGGAGAUUACAUUGAAAUAAAAAAAUUGUACGGAGCUUUUGCGAUGGACGUUAUAGCGAGCGCAGCCUUUUCAACCAAGAUCGACUCUCACAACAAUUCAGAGAACAAGUUCGUUACAGAAGCUCGGAAAAUAAUCAGGACUUCUCAAGGAAGAUUUUCCGGACUUUUUCAGAAACUACCCAAUUCCAUAAGAAGAUACGCAUUCAAGUUGGCCUUCCGUAGAUUUAAAUUCUUCAUAGACACGGUCCUUCAGAUCAUUUCGGAGAGGAAAAAAACUGGACAGACAAAAAAUGAUUUUUUGCAACUUCUACUCGACGCUGCCACAGAGACGUCGAAAGAUGAGGAAAUGGAGGAAUCGGUUGACAUGGCAGCCAACUAUGGAGAUGAUUGCUUACAACAUAACAUAUUUAAGACCACUUCUUCCAAACGCAUAUCAAAGAAUGAGCUGGUGGCUCAGAGUUUAGUCUUCUUCCUAGCUGGUUACCACUCAACCACGACAACGUUAUCUUUAGCCACCUAUUUACUGGCCUUGAACUCUGAUGUACAAGAGAGGGCAUACCACGAAAUAAAAGAUGCAUUAAAAGAAACAAAGGGAGAACUUACAUAUGAGAGUAUACAUAAGAUAAAAAUUAUUGACGACAUCAUUUCAGAAACGUUACGUCUCUACCCUCCAUUCCCUACGAUCGAGAGAAUAGCUGCUGCUGAUUACGAAUUAGGAAAUACUGGAAUUAAGAUUCCGAAGGGAAUGACGAUCGAAAUUCCAGUCUAUUCAAUGAACAGGGAUCCGGAGAAUUUUUCUGACCCUGAACGCUUCGAUCCUGACAGAUUCAGUCCUGACCAAAGAACUGAGCAGAUUCCUUACAGUUAUUUGCCGUUUGGAGCGGGUCCUCGAAAUUGCAUUGGUAUGAGAUUUGCGCUGAUGGAACUGAAAGUGUGCUUAAUUCAUGUGUUAAGCGCCUUUAAGAUUACUCCCAAGACAAAGGAUCCUUUAAAGUUUUUGAAUAGCAGAAAUUUUCUAACAACUGAAGACAUAUUUGUGAAGAUGGAAAUGCGACAGGAUUGUCCUUUAAAGGAAUAAAUAGAAGAAAAAAGAAGAAACGAAAGAUGUAUUUUAUAGUUCUAUUAUUAUUAAAAUGUUGAUACCAUCA